AUGAAGACGGUAUGCAUCGUCGGCGCAGGUCCCGCUGGCCUCGCCAGUGCUAAAGUGCUGCUUCAGACGGCACAAUUCGCCGUCACCAUCUUCGAGCAGGCUGACAAGAUUGGGGGUAUUUGGAAUAUCAACCAAGAAUCGCCGAGUAAUGGCUUCUUGCAUCCAGACACGCCCACCAAUCUCUCGCGGUUCACGGUCGCCUUUUCUGACCUGGACUGGCAUUCUGUUGGGCUCGAUACGGUUCCUAUGUUUCCAAAGGCAUGGCAAGUGAAUAGAUAUCUCGAAGCCUAUACCAAGAAGAAUAUUCCCAGCAAUGUGUUCCGAUGCGGUUGCAAGGUUGUCAAGACAGAAUUCGUAGAGGAACAGUGGCAAGUCACUACUCGUGACGGCAAAGGAGAAGAGAGUGUUCACCAUUUUGAUCAUCUGCUUCUGGGAUCGGGUUUCUUCUCACAACCUCGACCCGUCCAUCGAGACGUGCCAAAUGUAGCGUCGGAUCUCGGCAUCAAAGCGAUACACAGUGCAAAGUUUCGGACUCUGAGUGACCUAUUCGUCGAUCCUGCUGAUGCCACGGGUAAAACAAUAUUGAUGAUUGGCGGUGGCAACUCGGCAGGUGAAGCUGCAGCUGCCGUUGCCCAACAGUUGUCCGAUGCUUGGUAUAGUCCAAACACAGGCCCGCAGGAACUAUACAAAGGCUGCAGAAUUGUACAUGUGACGCCGCGCCCGCUGUAUGCCCUGCCCCCGUACAAUCCUAUCGACGAGCAAUAUCAGGCGUUUGUUCCGCUGGAUCUGAAAUUGUACGAUCUCUCCAAGCGUCCUGUGGGUCCCAUUACAGGAAACGCGGGAGAACUCACUCCUAUUGUCAAAGAUAUGAUUCAUAAAGCACUCCAGACUCAAAUAGGUGGUGAUCAAUCCGAUCUAGCAAGUCCCGCUUUGACGAUUCCCUCCCAGGAGCCACGAUCACCAGUAUAUGUCGCAAUAUCCGAAAGCUAUCCCGAAUUUGUAAGGAGCGGCUUGAUUGAAGUUGUCUCUGGCAGAGUGGUAGAGAUCGAACAAGAUGCAGGAGUGUCAAAGACAUGUUCUGCGAAAGUCGAAAACGCUGAAACCACACUCAACUUCUCCAACAUCGGAGCCGUCAUCUACGCAACAGGCUACUCGCCCUCAACAGCGCUUUCUUUCCUCCCUUCCGACGUAAAGGAAAAACUCCACUAUGACCCGACCAGUGCCCGCCUGCCCCUGGUCCUUUCAGGUUGGCAAACCAUGUCCCCAAAAGUCCCAAGCCUAGCACUCAUCGGUUUCUACGAGGGACCAUAUUGGCCCAUCAUAGAAAUGCAAGCACGCUUCACCGCCCAACGCUGGCUAUGCCCAGCGGAAUCUCCCACCAUCUCAAAUCCGUACGAAGAACCCUCCAAACUUCUCACCCUCAGAAAUUCCAUGAAAUCCCACAAUCUCUUCAUCCCCCAAUACUGGUUCGGAGACUACUCGGGCUACAUGGAACAACUCGCCUCCCCGUUUUCUUCCCUUCUCAACCUCAUCCGAAAUGACUCGCCCUUCGCUUCCCCCCGCCACGGCCCCGUCUCACCUGCCAGAUACCUCUGGCCAGGAGACGAUAUCCAACAAGCCACUUCCACGAUGCACGAUCUCCACCGCAUCUGGCGCGAAUGCACACUCGAAGGAAAAUUCGUCGCGCGAGCGGUGUUUCGAGCUUUGCAGGGAAAUUGGAAAUAUCGUCGCACGAUUCAGGAGCCUUCGCAUGAUGUCGAUAAUCCGAACACCCAGGGACUCACAGCAACAACAACAACAACAACAACAAGUGAAGACCUCGGUUCCGCAAAAUUUCAUCCCCGAAAACCGACAGAUGAAAAUUUCGAUCUGGAGUAUCUGUAUAUUGAACAAUCGACCAACAGCAACCCAGCACCAGCACCACAAUCCAUCCCACCGCGCACGAAACAUUCCUCCUACAACUCCAUCUACGUAUACCGCUACUCCGAAGUCCACGACGAACUGAGUAUAUGGUCCGUCGUCCCAUCCGACUCAACUUCUCCUUCUUCUUCUUCUCCUCACCCUCCCCCCUAUCUUUUCAAAGUCGCCAGCCUUCUCCAUACCUUAAAUUUCAAAUCCAAAUCCAACCCCCAAGCGGCGACAAAACAAGAAGAAAACAAGGGAAUUAUAGCUCAAGCAUCCAGAACAGAAGGUUUCAUGUGUGGAAAAGACAAAGAAGAAGAAGGGAGAGAAGAAGAUUCGAAAAUCGGUUAUAAAUUUCCUAUGCGAGGAAUUAGUUUGAGAGAUGAGCCAGAGCCAGCUGGCCCUGUCUAUGUGAUCACUGUGACUGACUGGAGAGAAUACAAGAUAUUCCGCGAUGCGACAUAA